AGGAAUGGACACUACAGGCAACAAUCUGUGUUUCACCGCGCUCUCCAUAGGCCUAAACCCAGAUGUCGAAAAUAGGUGUGUAUGCUUAGCCAUUAUGUGAUUUAUUUUAUAUAUAGUCAUUUCUGUGAAGAAAAUCUGUUAGUAUAAGUACGGAGCGAAAUUAUAAAAUCCCUGGGGCCGGUUGUAUAAAAAAGUGAUUAAAGUUAACUAUAAUUAAGUGCAAACGUCAUCCAAUAAGAAGCGCGUAUUUGAGAGUUAACCAAUAUUUAACUACUAAAUAGUGAUUAAAAAAGUAAUAAGAGAGGUUAAAAUACCCCGGUUCCGGUUUACGGGUACGAGUGAUAUACACGUAUCCGUACCCGUAAAUCGAGGAACGACUUGUCACUUAAGAAAUCCAAGAUAUUCCGGCGUGAGAAAACCGAUCAGAGAAUGGCAACUUUCGUUGUUGAGGUUCUUCGUUGAUUGUUGAAAAUUUUGACAAGUAUAUGCAUAGCAGCCCAAAACGGCGUGUAGAAUGCACCAAAUGCUUCCAAAUGUCAAUUUAUAUUAAGCUCGCCCCAUUCCUCUGUCAUUUUUCGCGCGCCGCAAGCACUCAAUGAAAAGCAUUGUUCAUAUAUAGAAUAUACCUAAGGUUGGCAACUUAUAUCUCAACUGACGAAUAUACGACUGCGGCAAAACGCAAAACACUUCGCACACGUAAAUAAAACAUGAUAAAAAAUUAUACCACAUUACAUCCGUUUUCAAAAUUACGCGACCAAGGACGAAAAUGCUAGAUUUGACAUGUCAGCUUUAUGUCGUUCGGUCACGAAGUUUAAACUUUGAGUUUUGCGGUUCCCUUGUCGAUGUAUAUGCUUUGUAUGCUUUAUAUAAACAGCCUUACAAUGAUUUUCAAGAUAUUUUAGUGAGAAUUAUUGCAAAAUUUAAGCACAAACAAAAUCAUAACAUCACCGUUAUAGUCUAGCGCGCGAGUUUUAUACUGACAGCUAAAUUCCGGGAUAAAUUGUUAUUUUUCAAACUUUAAAAGUUAUUCACGGCACAUAUUUCUGUUGUGAUGGUUUGUAUUGUGCUUUAGCUUGUAUAUCUAAGUUAUUUCACUCAUUUUUGUUCAGUUUAAAAUGCCUUUUUUGUUUGUACGGUUUAAAAUGCCUUUUGACAGUUUGUUUACGUUUGCUAUUUUUAGCAGUUUUUGUGACAUAAAACUGACAUUUGAAGUAAGAGCAUUUUUCAGGGAGGUCGCGUAAUUUUGAAAACGGGUGUAAACUCUGAUAAUUUUUCUAUAUACUCGCAUAUAAAUUUUGUUUUCAAGACUGCAAGAAAACUGAAAAAUUUGCACAAACGUUUCAUGGUCUGACGAAAAUUUUGUUGUCUCUAUGCGGGAUGCUAGAGGUUAUUUCAUUCGUCAUAUUUUCAAAAAAAUUAUGUGAUUCAAUUGGUUGAAAAAGUAAACAGUUUGUGACGUAUUUAAAGUAAAAAAUUGGUUUCAGGGGGGGGGGGGGUUGAACUACAACAGGAAGACUGUUAAAAUACAAGAGCGAGUUUUUUUCGAAGAUGAAAUGGUGGAUUUUAACAACUUUUUAAAUCUAUCCAUAACUUUUAUCUACAGCAAAAGAACCAGGCAACUUUUGGCUACAUGUACACGUAAUGUCAUAAAAUUCUGAGCAAUAAUGGCGAAGAAAUGAUUUGUUAACAAGACGGCGACAUGUGAACACGUUCUUGUGAACCUCAGAAAAGUUAUAGGUAUGAAUUUAUUUUAUAGUGUUUUUAAUACUGUAACUUGGAACAAUAGGUUGGAUCAUUCAUGACAUUACGUGACAGUGUAUGUACAUGUAGCCAAAAGUUGCCUGGUUGUUUUAGAUAAAAGUUAUGGAUGGAUGUAAAAAGUUGUUAAAAUCCACCAUUUCAUCUUCGAAAAAAAAUCGCUCUUGUAUUUUAGCAGUCUUCCUGUUGUAGUUCACCCCCCCCCCCCCUGAAACCACAUUUUUGCUAUAAAUACGUCACAAACUGUUUACUUUUUCAACCAAUUGAAUCACAUAUUUUUUUUGAAAUUAUGACGAAUAUAAAAUAACCUCUAGCAUCCCGCAUAGAGACAACAAAAUUUUCGUCAGACCAUGAAACGUUUGUGCAAAUUUUUCAGCUUUCUUGCAGUCUUGAAUACAAAAUUUAUAUGCGAAUAUAUAGAAAAAUUAUCAGAGUUUAAUGUGGUAUAAUUUUUUAUCAUGUUUUAUUUACGUGUGCGAAGUAUUUUGCGCUUUGCCGAAGUCGUAUAUCCGUCAGUUGAGAUAUAGUUGCCAACCUUAGGUAUAUUCUAUAUAUAUAUGAACAAUGCUUUUCAUUGAGUGCUUGCUGCGUGCGACAAAUGACAGAGGAAUGGGGCGAGCUUAAUCCAAAUUGGCAUUUGGAAGCACUUGGUGCAUUCUACACGCCGUUUUGGGCUGCCUAUGGUAUAUGUGCAGUAUUUAAUUGGGUAAGAUAUUGAAAAUUUGUACUAUUUGAACGGCCCACAAAUAGUAAACAGAAAACACCCGUACCCGUUUGUUUUUUACGUGUAGACAACGGUUUACCGCGGGGAAACAGGUUGAAAUUACUGGUAAAAAUGCUCACAUCAGAAAAAAUUGGUAAACAAAAUGGCGAUACUCGUACCCGUAAAUAGGCUUGGGUAAAUUAUGCUCGAAAAAUUUGGCUAUUAUGCCCGAAGGCAGUGCUCGUUAAAACAAUGUAUUAUGCUCGUGAAACAGCCUAUUAUGCUCGAAUUAUGCUCGAGGAAAAUUCCAUUUUAAUAGGUACAAAAACUCAAAAAGUCGUACAUUUUAUAUUAGCUUUAAAAUGUUCGGCAAACAAGCCAGAUCUGACUUUCUGGGAGCUUUCAAUACAGUCUAGCAUUUACAACUAAAUUAUUUCCUACUUCUUGCCUUCAGAUUCCUCAUCGUCUAUAAUUUCCUGGGGCUUCGCCCUCGCGGAUUCCGCAAACCUGCCUCGGGUUACGGGACCAUUUAAUCACUAAUCUCCCUCAAGCCAUGCUAUUACUUAUAAUAAAUAUUUAUAAUAUAAAUAUUAUAAAUACUCGUUCAUGGUAUGCGCUUGCUAGAUGUAGGUGUACAAUUGCUCAAAAUGUUUAGUUAGCAACGAAUAAUUUCAUAUCAUACAGUAAGGGCCAUCGUCAGACGAAGUGUGGAUGCAUGAGCUCGUCGAAUUAUUUCAUGAUUCUUUUCUUAAUUUUUUCACAGCUGUUUGAGUUAUUUAUAUAUUGAAUUUGGUUUUAUGUUUAGAAGUCGACCUAAAUAGAUAACAAGUUGAUUGUUAGUUGUUAUUAGACAAUUCCAAAAUGUUCUGACUGACAGCGAAAGUUACUUAUUUGCAAUGAAAAUAUAAAUUUUCCGUCUCGAUCACCUCAUGUUAUUGUUUCGUGUGCACUAAAGCAAAUUGGGAAGUUACUUUUGCCUAAUGAAAAAAACUCGACUUCUGUUUUCAGGCUUAGAAAGGAAAUUGACACUGUAAUCGGUGAAUCAGAAGAGAUUAAAGCAAAAGAUAUUAUGUCUAUGCAAUAUCUUACGCAAGUGGUGAAAGAAUCCCUGCGUCUACAUCCACCAACACCUGCCCUAACAAGAAGAACUGAUAAAGAUACCUUGAUCGGCAGCGUAAUGAUUCCCGGUGAUACACCUAUCAUGGUGAACCCAUAUGCCAUUCAGACCCACCCUGAUUAUUGGGAAGAUCCGCAUGAUUUUAAACCGGAGAGAUUUGCUUCUGUUGAAAACCUCCAUCCAUAUGCAUACUUUCCGUUUUCACUCGGUCCACGGCGCUGCAUUGCACCUCAGCUGGCAGAUUUGCAGGUGAAAUUGGUUAUUGCCCGUCUAUUGAAAAAGUUCAAAUUUAAAUUGUUGCCAGGUCAAACCCUGAAGCUUGCUGAAAAUAUUUCGUUCGGUCCGGUUGGAACUGUUCGUUGCACACUAGCAUUUGCUGAUCAACACUAGACUAAACAGAUGGCUAAAAAUCUUCAAGUUUAAUUGAAAAACGUUUAUAAGUAUGCUGGUUAGAUGCUCAUUCAUCGAUUGUACCAAGUUUUUCGUAUUCACCAAGUUUUUGACAUUACCUUACUAUAGCUUUUCACGUGCUAUUUAAAACAUGAGCAGCAGACUGUUUUUUCAGAUAUGUUUUUCCAGAUAUUCAUAUAUAAAUCUUUAGGUCUGAUAAAACACGCACUGCGAAUGUUUUAAAUUGCGCGCUUCAAAAACGAUCGAUCUAGUGAGUUCAUUGGCGAAGUAAUUUUCGAAAAAUAUCUUUUGUAAGUCGAGAAAAUCAAAAUUAAAGUUUAUGUAAAUCAAGGGAAAUCUCUAUCACAUAUAAAGAUACGAUACGCU